AAUAGGUACAAGAUUUUGCCACUCUGUACGGUGUGAACUUGGCCUAGUUCAAUAGUCUAAUGAUUGCUUUAUGAUUUCUGGAAGCGAGUGCGAAUAUGAAGUGUUGCAGCAAUGCAUUUUUAAUGCCACAAUUUUUCAAAAAUAAGAGUAAAUUAUUUAUUAAUAGUACUCCGGAGUGCAAGAAUUUGGAUUCGUCUAAUUUAGUAACCUCUCUGGUGAUAAACACUCUGGUUACAUUGAACCAAAGAAAAUCUGAAGUGUGUGUAUUUGACUGUAUUUGUUUUUCUGGCUGUGAAGUGUUCUACUUCAGUGCAAUAAUAUUUUUCGAAGAUAUGAUAAUUGUGGGAACACGCAUACUUUACUGACAUGACGUGGCAGAUGUUUAUAACUGAUAUUAUUAAAUAAACACAGAGCUCGAUCUUCAAGGAAAGUAAACAUGACGUACGGCCGCCAACUACGGUCUUCUGCUGUGAAUGUGCAAUAUAAAUCCUCCUUUUACCACACUUCCCGUACUUUGCCUGAUAUUUUAGAGAGGUGACUGCAGUGUUUCCGUAAUACAUAUACCAACAGCCUCUUCAUGAGCGACAACCAGAAACUUCUAAACACUGGACGUUUGUUCGAAAACCAAUGGGAAAUUGUUUCUCUUGCUUCAAGGGCCCUCCGCCUCCAGUUCCGUCCACAAACGGUCCCCUGGAGAAAGACAAGGAAGAGAUCAAGGAACUGACGGGAGUCCUUAGCUCGGCUGAAGAUAUUAAUUGCUCUCCUUUGGGUACUGUGGAGACACAAAUUAAUGGCAACAGCAAAGGAGCAGGCAUCCCCAGCUUUGUCGUUGGAAGUGAUAAUUAUGGCAGCUUGCACCGUGACAAAACAACUCGGACAUUUUACCCUCGUAUUCCACCUUUGAGUCGCACAUCUGGACUUUCAAGUAGUGAAACAAAAGGAAGGGAACCUUCAGAGUCAAAGCUUAAUGUCCUCUUUGACCAGUAUAGAGACAGCAAUGAGGAUUCUAUUCUAGCUGAUGGAAUUGAGCGACUUUGCAAUGAUCUCUCUGUCUCGCCAGAUGAUUUUAAAGUGCUGGUGCUCGCAUGGCGUCUAAAUGCUGAGCAGAUGUGCCGAUUUACGAGAUCUGAAUUUGUGAAUGGAUGUCGUGCAAUGCGAGUGGACUCUGUACGUGCUAUUCAAGCAAAACUCCCAGAAUUGGUCGCUGAUGUUCUGAAGGACCCUGAAAUGUUCAAAGAUUUGUACCGCUUUACGUUCAGAUUUGGCCUAGAUGCAGAGUCAGGUCAGCGUAUUUUACCGUCCGAUAUGGCCAUUUGUCUGUGGCGUUUGGUGUUCUCUGCCUGUGAGCCACCGAUUCUUUCGCGGUGGCUUUUCUUUUUAGAAAAUCAUCCACAUGUGAGAGGAAUUCCUCGAGACACUUGGAAUAUGUUUCUUAAUUUCUCAGAAGCUGUGGGUGAUGAUCUCAGUUCAUAUGACGACACUGAGGCUUGGCCAAGUCUCUUUGAUGAUUUUGUUGAAUUUGAAAAUGAUAAACUGAAUCAGAAUAUAUCGAAAGAUAAAGAAGAAAUAAUUAAACAAGACUGUGAAUAAGCAAGUAACUUGUUUUAUUACUGAAAACUUUGGAUUAUUUUUUUAUUAAUUUAUCACAUGUAAGACUGAUGUUUGCUUAGGAUGCCAUGCUAACUCUAAUUUUAUUGAGAUAUAUAUAUAUAUAUAUAUAUAUAUAUAUAUAUAUAUAUAUAUAUAUAUAUAUAUAUGGUAUCCAGUCAAUAACUGUUUGAAAAAAAACAUAGCAGUUUUUCUAGCAGCACUGUUUAAUGCUUGUUGAUACGCUGUUGUUUCAGGUAUAUGAAAUUCGGACUCUUUCCACUCAUAUGAAAAUCAGUUUGCAGAUAUUUAUUAAUAUUGAGUUUCAAAUAUGUAGUAAUAUAAUUAUUGUACUGGUAGCAAGAAAAUGCAAAUAAGAAUGCCAGGAAAGCAUCAGUGCACAUUGUUUGCAUCACCACACUAUAUUUCCCAAUAUGUUUAUACAUUGCUUGAUCAGUUUUUAAGCCAGUUUCAAGUUAAGAAAUAACGGACAAGGUGCUGCAGUGGUCAGUGAACAGUGCAUUUAUUUGGAAAAUAAAGGUAUUUGAUGUUUUUGAGAGAUGCCAUUUUUUAAAUUAGUUUCUCUCAUCACUGAAAAUAAAUGUAAAUAUGAAGAUAAUUCUAGUAUCCUUGUUUUAAAACUCCAAUCAGUAUCUAUAAUCAUUCAGGCUUCAGAGAAUCCAGAUAUCAACAUUACCAUUCCUGAAUUUUCACAGAUUCAGCAUACAUGAAAUUUUCUAUUGAAGAUUAUGAGAGAAAAGGACUUCUGGUUACUGUCAAGUGUAUGAAGUAUUUUCAGCUCUAAAUGUAUAACUCUGAACAUGUUUGUUGUUCUAUAUGAAAGUCAAUUGAUGAAAUAAGUAAGUCAUUGAUUGCAUCAUCUGACAAAUGAAGGAAAUGAUUUGAUAUACAACCAGAAUAUGACAUUUUGGAAAUAGAACAGGUACUGUAAAACAGCUGACCAAAUGCAGUGGAUUUGAUCAUUCAAAUGUAAAAAUGGAAAGGCAGCACACUAUAAACACUUAAGGUACUGAUGUGAUUGAGAACACUGUGUGAAUACAUUCUGCAGCGACAUGGUAUCCUUUGUAGGUAAAUGAUGGAGGAAUAGGAAAUGUGUUCUGAAAAUGGUUAGUAAAAUACUAAAUGGAUGGGGAAAAAAGAUUUAAUAUACAGUAUUGUGGAACUAUCAAGUCCAUAACAAUAUUCUUCAAUUAUUUACUUACUAUACUAUAUUUUCACAUGGUUUAGUCUGUUAACAUAUCCCUGUAUUUUGUAAAAGAUGUCUUAACAAUUGUUCAUAUGAAGACAUUUAAAUAUCAGUGACCAAAAGUACAGCACUGUAGCAUCAUUUUUAAGGAAUUGAAAUGAGACCUGGAAGAUCAGAAGUGGCUUUCAGAGAUUUCUAACACCCCAGAAGAUAUAAAUUACUUAUGCUGAAUGUAAUGUUGACAAAGACACAGCCAUGUGAGGUGGGAAGUCCAAACAAGGAUUCAAUGUAUGUAAUGAUUGAACUAAUACACAUAUAAAUAGAAAAGAACCUGUGUUUAUGAAAAUUUUCGACUAUACUACAGACCAGCCAUUAUGUUGCUGUUGACUAAAUAUUAUUUCUGUUGACUUUGAAAAGAAUAUUUUAAUAUUUUUAUCUGAGUUACUAAAAACUGAUUCAUUAUUUUCAGAAGACUGAUUGUUUGGUCAAAUAAUGCAGGUUUACCAGUUUAUUUCUCUCUUUUUAAAAAUACAAAUUCUUUUUUUACAAGCAUUAGUCUUCAAGCAGCAAGGGCAUCGUUGGUGGAGUGGGCUAUAUUAUCACACUUGUAACAGGGGCUGUUAAAUUGCAUUUUCAGUCAGGUUAUGUUAAGGGUACAGUGGGACAACUAUAAUUAUUUGUAUUGGAUUCUUUGUGUUAAAAAAGCUGAAUAAAUUUUCUGUAAAACAUAUGAUGUAUGUGGUGAUGCAACCAUGCCAGUCUUCCACUUAAUGUGGAUAGUUUCUUUUUUUUAUUUAAAUUAAAACACUUCAACAAUAUGAGAAUGCAGGCUUUCUCGGCGAAUCUUGAAGAUAAAUUCUUCUCGGGUUGACAGCCGAGUCAAUGCGUUGUUCUCCAGCAACGCAUUGACUCGGCUGUCAACCCGAGAAGAAUUUAUCUUCACUUCAACAAUGUUUUUCUAAUGGAGACAUUCAUAUGUAUUUUCACAUUGUAAAGUGUUUAUGCUGUUGGCUUCUUUAAAUUACUGAAGGACGUUAAAUGAAUUUGCUGCUACAUUGCCUAAACUUACUUUGUUCUGAAAUGUCUUAUGCUAUGGACUCAGUUUCUCACUAUGUAAAAAUUUCCUUUGUCAGCUUAUUGUAAGCUUUGGAAAUUAAUUUUUUCUCUUUUGAGUAUGCAGAAAUUGGUAGCCCAAAAAUAUUAUAUAUAAUAUAUGUGCAAUAAUAAUUAUAACACCACAACUGCAUCCUGGUUGAUUUCUUGCAUAUUUCCUGUCGAAAUGAUAUACUCUCAAAUCUUGUAUAGUGAAUCCUGACUUGUCAGUAUUAUACUCAGACACUUAUCCAUCAUUCAUUGUCUGUUGGUAUUAUUAAUACUAAAGUUUGCAAGACUGAUUCACAUAGUAAAAUUAUUUUCCAUUCUUCUUUGUUGAUCUUAAUAAUUUGUCGCUUCACAGUAACCUUACAUGAACAAUAAUUACAAUUUUAUUAAUACUUUUGAAUUUCUCUAAACUGAGCCUUAUAAGGUCAGUGGUAAUAUAAGUUUCAGGUAUCUACUAAUGAAAGAUAACUAAUAGAAAAUCUGCAGAUUCAUUUACAGAUACGUUCUACAGGAUGUAAACAUAGAUAUUCUUUUAUGUAAACAUCAUCUGGUAGUUUUUCUGGGCUUAACAUCACUGAUGAUAGUCCCAUAAAAUGUUUCUGUCAGCUUCCUGUGACAUUAGUUAAUGGGUAUUUUUCACUAUGAAAUAACUUUUUUUGAUAAGUGUGCGCCACCUCUAAUUUGCUAUAAGUUCUCACUUGCGAGUUUUGAUAUAAUGUGUGAAUAUUAUUGGUUUUAAUUGUACAAAUUGAAAAACUGUAUAUAUGUGAUGCCUUGCAUAAUAAUUCUCCCCACACUUAAUAUAUUUCCAUAAAGAGCUACUAUGCCAAAUGAAAGUUUUGGACUCCAUCCAAGGUACUUGCAGUCUUGGACUUCUAAAGAGAAGAUGUACAAAAUAAAAUGUUUAUACACACAAA